CUGCUGUUUGGUGGUAGUCUGAGUGGAGAAAGUAAUGAUGAUGGAAGGAGCUGAUUGUGUUGAAUUAUUGGGGAGGUUUAUGGAGUAGCCAGGUAAUAGUCGUUUACUCGUCUCGUUGGAACGAUAGAGGACGGUGAUACCAGGAUAUUGACAGAUAGCAUGCCGGUAGAUGUGACUCCACUGCAGAUGAGGGAACAUGUUGGCUAUGGACCAAGGAGUGGUGGAAGAAUGGCUGUCAGAAUUUAAGACCCUGCCUGACAGUGCUGUCUCCACCUAUGCUAAGUCAUUAAAAGACAAAGGUGCCCUGGUCCCCGCGCUCUACAAGGUCAUCCGAGAGAACUACAGCGAUUUGCUGGAGCCAGUGUGUCACCAGUUGUUUGAAUUUUACCGGAGUGGUCUGCCGCAGCUGCAGCGUUUCACGCUACAGUUCCUGCCAGAGCUCCUGUGGAGCCUCCUGUCAGUCAGUGCUGCCAGAGACCCCCACACCUCCGGCUGCAUUGAAGCCCUGCUGCUGGGCAUUUACAACCUGGAAAUAGUUGAUAAAGAUGGACAAAGUAAAGUGUUAUCUUUCACUGUCCCCUCCUUAUCCAAACCUUCAGUGUACCAUGAGCCUUCAGCUAUUGGCUCCAUGGCACUUACGGAAGGAGCUCUAGCCAAUCACGGGUUGAGCAGGGUGGUGUACAGCGGGCCACACCUCCAGAGAGAAACCUUUACAGCACAGAACAGAUUCGAGGUGCUGACCUUCCUGCUGCUGUGCUACAAUGCUGCUCUCAGCUACAUGACCUCCACCUCCCUACAGUCCCUCUGCCAACUAAGCUCCAGAGUUUGUAUAUGCGGUUACCCACGGCAACAGAUGCGGCGCUACAAAGGCAUUAGUACACGGCUGACGGUCACAUCAGAAUUUCUGGUUCAGCUCAUCACAGGGAUCCACUAUGCUCUGUGUAAUGGUGAAGUUGAACUGGGAUCCAAAGCACUGGAUGACGUUCUGUAUCGAGCCCAGCUAGAGUUGUUCCCUGAAGCUCUAUUGGUGGGUAAUGCCAUCAAGUCAUCACUACAUGGUGCAGCACUAAAGAGUAAUAACAAGGAGGGUGCACGGAGUAUCCAGGUGGAGAUCACACCCACCUCCUCCAGGAUAUCCCGAAACGCCGUCACCUCCCUCUCUAUACGUGGACACCGAUGGAAGAGACACGACGCAGUGGAUUUGGGUUCCCCGGAUGAGCUGAUGGAUAUCUCAGAAGUGGAUGAAGGGGUUUGGCCUAGUGGGUCGGGUCCUGAAAUGACCCCACCUUCCAUAACGAUUAGCAACAGCAUCACAACCUUGAACCUGGGGGCCAAGGCAAUGAAGAAGUGUCGGCUUGGUGGGCGCAGCAGCAAGGACAAGGAGGCGGGGCCUUUAACAACGGGCCGGGCCGCCAGCGAGAGCGCAGAGCUGUCCGUCAAGCGACUAACGCUCACUUCUAGCCAGUCGGUGCCCAGAGCGGGCGCGCUCACCAGCCUGACGCGUACUGCUAGCGCCGUCUUCUCUCGCUCCUUUGAGCAGGUGGGCUGUGGCAGCGCCCCUCCUGCCAGCAACCACACAGCCUCUGAAGCAGGGCGCUAUUCCUGCAGCCUGCAGGAGGAGGGGAUGGGAUACCUGAGUACUGCUCCAAACCACACGCAGCGCUCUCCCAGCAUUAGUGUACAUCUCGGCUCUGACCUUUAAACCUUUAUAACUCACUGUAUGGACCCUCAUCUCUGAUCCUGUGAUCCCGUGACCCUGUACCUGUGAUCUGGAACUCCAAGCCAUGCCAACUGCAAUGGACAAUGCGAACAAACACUCCCAUUGUUUUUUCAUCACUCCAUUUUUAAUGUCUUUUGAUUCUUUGUGCUAAAAAGUGGCCUGCUCCCCUGGUUUGUUCAAGCAUCCAAAGCAGCUCAGCUCCCUCUGCUCCUCUCCCCCUGCAGAGUAUCCUCUCAGUCUGUUGGAGGCAGGAUGUCAGAGAUACAACUUCCAGCAUCACUGAUUUUAGAAACUAUGGCAGGACAGAACUGUGUAACCCUGUGGAUCAGCCUGCCACAAAAGGAUGCACUUCAAAUGAUCACUAAAAAUAAACUUUGGAAAAUACAUCUCGAUAAUUUAACUGGCAUUUGUUGCCCUGCAUGGCUUUUCCAUAAAUCCAUCCUUACUUCGCCCUGGUGUCUAAGGGCAGGUGGACUGUACGUGUGAGCAUGUCUGGGGGUCUGUGUGUGUGUGUGUGUGUGUGUGUGUGUGUGUGAGAGAGAGAGAGAGAGAGAGUGUGAGUGAGUGUGACCAAAUGGUUUUUAGACAAAAGGCUGCUGAUUGAUACAGUGAACAAGGUGAUUUGCAUCGUUGGAUCAAGUGUUUCUAUGACUUUUUUAAAUAAUAGUAAAUCCCUUCCCAUAGCAAUACGAAACUAUCUAAUUCAGUAUUUUCUCAUUUUUUGGGUUGAUCGCCCAAACCACUGUCUACAAUUAGAAGCACACUUCUUAAAAGUAAGUUCUUAUUCUUCCUAGAAAAGAAAUCACUGAAUAAUCAACCAGUGUAAAAAGAAUCUGGUCUGUAUGUUUACAAUCGCACAGUAUUCUCAUCAUGACAGAGAAGCAAUACUUUCAACACGCUCCUCGAGCGUCUUCCGUAUUUGUCUUAUAUUUGAUGGCAGAAUUUAAAUUCCAGCUACCUAAAAAUAGCAAGGAUGAUUUACAUAUUUUGAGAAAGGUGGUUGUGUAUGAUUAGUUAAGUAUUGAAUUUUGCACACGGAAAAGCAAACGAGUUGUUUUUAAAUGGUAUUUUGUUAUAACAAAUUUGACUCAUUGUAUUUUUUGAGAGAAUUGUGCUGUGUUGCUCCAUGAAGAUUCUUGCUUGGCUUUUAUAUGUUGCCACCUCAGCAACUGUCUAAAGCCACAUACCUUUAAUAAACUUGCACCAGUUUAUUAAAAUAAUUUUAAAAGCUUUCAGUGUCGCCUCAGCUAGACCCAAACUGUAACUAAAUCAUUUGUUGUGCAGCAGUGGGAGCACGUCUGGGGCAACAAGGCAUCUCCCAUUUUCUAAUCAACCCACCAUUCCAGAUGUUUGUGGUACUUCUGUGAUGUGUUUUCUGCCUCCCUUCUUGCCGUUGAUUACAUCAUCAUGCUGCAAGACAUGAUCUGAUACCAAGAAAGUAAUAAAACUCUAACCAUCUGCAACAUCUGAUGUCCUUAAUCAAGCAUUCAUGCUGGUCCACCCCUGAAACAAAUUUUUAUUCUGUUGUCUGUGUACUUUAGCUGAGUGUUUGUAGCUUGGUGGGACAAAACCAAUCAUGUUUCUUUGUAUGUGGGUUUAUAGUAAAUGGCUAAGCUGUUGUUGUACAUCAUACUCUGUUAUACUAAAGUUGGUUAUAUUGGCCUUCCUUUGUCUGAAAAUAACUCACUGCUACAAUGUCUGGGAAUAAAGUGUUUCUAUAUUUCA